GUACUAAAAUUGGGGAAUCUCGUGAAGUCUCUCCUCCCUCUCAGUUUUCCCGUUCGUCUCCAAACCUGCGAGAGGCGGCUCCCUCCCGCCAUCCCGAUUUGGCUUCCCGCCCCAAUUCCCGCCGCCGCAUAAACCCUCCACAAAAGGGCUCCUCCGCCCUCGCCUCUCCCUCCCCAUCUCGCCUCGCCGCUCUCCAACCCAUCGCCGCGGCCGCGCGCGAUUCCUCGCCUCCGCGGCGAGCCUCUCCUCUCUUCCUCCGCCCGGCGGCGUUGGCGUUGGCGGCGGCGGCGGCGAUGAGCGCGGUGAACAUAACCAACGUGGCGGUGCUGGACAACCCCACCGCCUUCCUCAAUCCCUUCCAGUUCGAGAUCUCCUACGAGUGCCUCAUCCCCCUCGACGACGAUCUGGAGUGGAAGCUUAUAUAUGUUGGAUCUGCUGAAGAUGAAAAUUAUGACCAACAAUUAGAGAGUGUGCUUGUUGGCCCCGUCAAUGUUGGGACCUACCGUUUUGUACUCCAGGCUGACCCACCGGAUCCCUCAAAGAUCCGUGAAGAAGACAUAAUCGGCGUCACUGUGCUGCUAUUGACAUGUUCCUACAUGGGACAGGAGUUCAUGAGAGUAGGUUACUAUGUGAACAAUGAUUAUGACGAUGAGCAACUGAGGGAGGAACCCCCGGCAAAGCUUCUAAUAGACAGGGUGCAGAGGAACAUUCUGGCUGACAAGCCCCGAGUCACCAAGUUCCCAAUCAACUUCCAUCCUGAACCCAGUACGAGCGCAGGGCAGCAGCAGCAGGAGCCACAGACAGCUUCGCCGGAAAACCACACAGGCGGUGAAGGAAGUAAGCCCGCUGCUGAUCAAUGAUCAGAGUGGGGAUGCUAACAUUUUGAUGCCCGUGCCUUUUAGGAUAUCUUGUGAUGCUGUGAGAGUGGUGAUUAUGCUUCUUCAUUCUCCUAGGUUUGUCAUUGGUGUCUCGUCUUUUGGAAGGCAAAUUGUUCCCUAGUUCCUGGUGGUUGCUGAAAACUGUAUGUUCUCUUGAAAUCUGCCAAUCUGGUUAAGAGUACUUGCGCAAGUUCUGUUUCAUCAAAUGCUGGAUGCUUCUUUUGUCUAGACUAUAGUUGUUGAGUAUUAUGUGUUUAGGGGUAUAUUAGUAAUUUCCUAUCUCUAUUGUACUCAUAUAUGCCCUUUGGGCUAACACAAUAGCAACUGUUCAUUCUCCAAUUUCCCCUAAAUUGUGACAUGGUAUCAGAGCAAGAGCAAGGGAUCAAACCCUAACGUCGAUCCGGAGUCCACGCCGGCACGCCGGUGGCAGCUCGCCACCGGCGAGCCCAUCCAAUCCGUGCACAUCCUCGUCAGCUUCGUCGUCCACCACCGUCGAGCCGUCAAUCGUGGCAGCCAAUCGUUUCGUCGUUCGUCCACAAGCAGCAAGCAGAUCCAGUCAGCACAAGCAACAAGCAGCAUCAAGCAAUCAAAUCCACAAGCAAGCAGCGGAUGCAUGAACAAGCAUUCAGAUCCAGUUCUUCGUCACCACGUCAGUCGUAGCCAGGCCGUACUCGUCGCGGAUCUUGUCGUCGCGUCUCGCCGUGGCUCGUCGUUGUCGCCGCAUUCCCAUUGGCCGGUCGCGGCGCUCUCUUCAUCGCCGCCAGCGCCGUCCUCCUCCCAUGUCAGUCGUCCAGCUUUCCGUCCGCCGCCUGCGCGCGUGACCAUCUGCAUCGUCGCCGCACAGGUCAAGGUCCUGGUCCUCUUGGUCUAGCCUGCUCUGUUCUCUCUGCUUCUCCACAUAGAUGCUUGGAGACUGGUUACUGGACUUAACAGCAACAAGCCAUCGUCUUCCCUAAUAUCAAGUAGCAGCGACAGCAAUUUGCAAGUGUCAUGCAGAUCCACCUUGUUCCAUAUUCAAACAUCAACAAAUAGCAGUAGAGAAGCCCAUAUCGAGUUAUGCUUCCCUCAUCAUGCAGCCGGCCUCUGCUCUUGCCGGAUUUGUGAAGCCAUCCAUAGUCUCAACUAUCUUGAUUGUUGAAUUGUUCCAUCAACAGAUCUAUUUUGUGUUUGCUAUGCUUGCUUACUGCUGCCAUCAACAAGUCAAUUAAUAUCCUUUGGUCUUGCAAACAUAUCAUUGUGCUUCAGUUUGAGAUAGGCAACAGAAAACCAAGGCACAGCCCUGUGCAUGUCCUUUUGAUUUUGAUAUUGCUUCUUGUCAUCUGCAUCAAUUGUUCUCUUAUGUCUUUUGCUAGUAUCCUAAGUCAUUUGCUAGUAUAUCAAUGUCAUCUACAAAUCAAUUUCCUAUGUUUCCUAUCAAGUCCAUCAAAGUCCAUCGGUUCGUCGAAGUCAUGCUUGUCAAUCAUUAUCACUAUCUCGCUCGCUCCAUGUCGAAGUUAGCCUUCUAUCAUCACCAGAAGCUCCACGUCGGAGCUGAUCUUUGUCAUAUCACCAGCUCCCCAUCGGAGUUGACAUCAUCAUCAAUCAUUGAAGGGCCGAAGAACAGUUUGUGAAGGUCCUUCAUCUCGUCAUCAUCACCGUCUCUGAAUCAGUGAAGAGCCAAAGAACAGUUUGUGAAGGCUUUUGGUACUAAGGGCUGAAGAACAGUUUGUGAAGGCUCGAGGUCUACUUCAUUGAGGAUAGGAUGGUUUUCUCUUCUUCUAAUUCAUUCAAGAGCAAUGCUUCGACAACAUCUUCAAACAUGGACUUUGUAUUUAUAGUAGUGUGUCAUUUAUCUUGUGUUUAGUUUCAAAUGCAAUGCUAUUGUAUACACAUUGCAUUUGAGCAGGGGUGUUGAGUAUUAUGUGUUUAGGGGUAUAUUAGUAAUUUCCUAUCUCUAUUGUACUCAUAUAUGCCCUUUGGGCUAACACAAUAGCAACUGUUCAUUCUCCAAUUUCCCCUAAA